AGGAAGAGUCCCUUCAUGAACCAGGUCAUCAACAACGUCAAGGUGCAGGCCGUCUAUAUCACCGAGGAUAUCCUCAGAUUGAGGAUUCACGACGAGGACCGUCCCCGCUACGAAGUGCCGGUCUCGAGCCUUUGGGCGAUCCCCAGGACUAUGCCGCCGAUCAACAAGGACCAACUCGCCUACACCAUCGAAGCCAAUCAGACCAAGAAGGGAUACGCUAGAAUUCGCAUUCUUCGCACGGACAACGAAAUCCCAAUGUUGGACUCCUGGUACCCUAUCAUGACGGAGCAGUUCCUGCAGAUCGUGUUGCCAUACAGCGGUCAACAGAUUUACGGUUUCGGUGAGAACGGCCACGACGGAAUCAUGCUGGGCGCCGGCAGCGGUACCAUGUUCUCGAGACACGGCUCCAAUUAUUCGACAAAGACGUGGAACAACUUUGGAGGCGUCCAUCCUUUCUUCAUGAACCCAAAGGGAGACGGCACGACAUGGGGUGUACUGCUGGUGAACAGCAAUGCAAUGGACUACACGGUGACGGGCAGCGGCAGCAUCGCCCUGGCGGCCAUAGGUGGCAUCCUGGAUCUGUACUUCUUCGUUGGAUCUACGCCAAACCACGUGAUACAGCUAUACCAUAAGGUUAUCGGAAACCCCUUCUUACCACCGUUUUGGGCCUUGGGCUACCAACACUGGUUGCAACGGAUUCCGACCUUGGCGAGUCUGAAGCUGGCCGUGACCGUUUUGGAUCAAGGCGGCGUUCCAAAGGACGCGUUAUGGUUGGAUGUUUCUCAAGACUCAAGGGCGUUCACUCUAAGCUCCAACUUCAACGGCCUCGCAACUUACGUGCAACAACUUGCAAACUCUGGCGUUCAGGUCGGGCUCAUCCUUAAUCCUGCCAUCGCCGCCGAUAACAGGACAGUCUACGCUCCGUACAAAACUGGGCUUGCUCAGGACGUUUUUGUGCGACAGGGGAACAAUCCACCUGUAUCUAAUACCAAUGCUGUCCUUCUAGCAAAGGGGUUACCCUCUGGCUUGUCAGCGUUUCCGGACUUUUUCAAAAACCGCACGCGGAACUGGUGGAAAAACCUGAUUGAAGAGUACCAGGGGAAUGUCACCGAAUUCAGCGCAAUAUUUCUGGACGUCAACGAGCCGGCAGAAUUCAGCGCUGACCUAAACUGCCAACCAGGAGACGCGUCGUGCCAGGCCCAAGUAUGUCCCGAAAGCAAAUGGGAAGAUCCACCAUACCUACCAUAUGCCUACAGGGAAUCGGAGAACCGGACCAAGUUGCACGAGGGAACGCUGUGCAUGAGCGCUGGCAUGGGCGAGCACCAGGAGCUUCCACACUACGACCUCCACAGCGUCUACGGCUGGAGGCAGACCUGGACGACCAAGACGGCUAUGGACGACGUGAGCCUCGAUCGAACCGUUCUCGUGUCCGACUCGACGUACCCGUCAAGCGGGCGCUUCGCGGGACACAUUCUCGACUCGCCAGAUGCCGAGGAAUGGUCGAGUCUUCGACGAGCCGUCGUUGGCGUCCUGGAGUUUAACAUGUUCGGAAUACCUUACGUGGGUGGACCAAUCUGCAUGCCCGGAGCACCCGAACUGCUGUGUCAGCGCUGGACCGAACUCGGCGCUUUUUUCCCGCUCAGCGUCGAUUUCAGGAUGCACGACUCAAACGUCCAGGCAGACAGGAUGAAUGCCAUCGCCCUGAACGCGGUCCAUACCCGCUACCACUUCCUCGCGCUCCUGUACACGCUGUUCUUCAGGGCCCACAUGGACGGGGGAGCCGUUGUGAGGCCUCUGUUCUUCGAGUUCCCUCUGGACAGGGCGACGUACGAUAUCGACGACCAGUUCAUGUGGGGCUCCGUGCUUCUCUUUUCACCAGUCCUGGAGGAGAACGCGACGAAACACACGUACUACCUUCCGCUUGACACCUGGUUUGUGUAUCCCGAAGGAAGGAGGGUCGAAGGCUCGGUGGACCCCAUGAGUCGGGACGUCAUGGACAACACGACGGUGCUCAUCCACGUGCGUGCGGGUCACGUGGUGCCAGUGCAACCCACGCUCAGGCUCACGCACGAGAGGUCGCAGAUACCGUUUGAUCUGCACGUGUACCCGAAAGAUGGGUUUGCGUCCGGCGAACUCUUCGUGGACGACGGGAUCUCUCAAGGAACGAUAGAGGCAAAUCAGUAUGACCUGUACAGCUUCGUUCAGGCUCAGGACCUUCUUCGGAUCUCCGUGAGCCACGUUGGCUCCAGCGGUCGCCAGAACUCCACCAUCAAGAACGUGGUGUUCUUUGACACGCCCGAGCCUCCCACCAGGGUCUCCCUGAACCGAAACUUCCUGCGAGCGGAAAAUAUCAAACACGACGCCAUGAAGAAAAUCCUCACGGUCGUCAUAGACCUUCAGCUACGGACGCUGAACAGCCUGGGCACGGAAGCGAUCGUUCAAGUCGAGAAGCGAACUACGUAG